AUGGCAAUGUCCCGACCAGAAGAGCAGUGUCCAAUACAGUGCCAGUUGUGUGAAGUGGAUCCUAUGAUAAAAUGGAAGUGUCUCGACUGUGACUUAUUGAUGUGUAGUAAAUGUAAAGAUCAAAUACAUUCUAAAUUCAAGUCAGAGAAGGAACAUAAAAUCAUUGACAUAAAGGACGUGGGCCGCCAAGAUAAGACAGUGGACCAAAAGAGCAAGGAAAUGGACCAAGAAGACCAGAAAUUGGUGUCAAUCUCUGGUCUCCAAACAGCGGGAGUAAGUAGUGCUCUAACUAACGAUAAACUAAUAAUAAAUGUUAAGGAAUACCAAACCGAAAUGCUAAACAUCCAUUUUCUAGCAGUAACAUUCGAUGGUUCAUUAUGGAUUGGUGAUGGAGCCAAGAGAGAUUUACAUUAUAUUUGUACAUCACUACAGAAUGUCCAACUACUAAGGGAUAAAGUGAAGGUCAUAUCAAGAUUCAAUAUGGUGAUAUUACGUAUAGCUGUUACUCCUACCAAUGAUAUUCUUAUGGCUACAGGGACACCAAGGUUGAUGCAGAUCAAGGCUGGAGCAAAUAGAGUAGAAGAGUCUAUAUACUAUGAGGAUAUGUCGCGAGACAUCUGGAGCGUCCAUGUUUCAAAAGAUGGCAGAGUUAUAAUAGGUGGAGGCAAAUUUGUUGUUGUUAUGGAUACAAAUGGUAGUUAUCUAACACGGUAUGAAAAUGAUAAAAACAAAAAAACUUUAUUUAAGGGAAAACUAGUAUGUUCCAUAACCAGUACGUGUAAUGGAAAUAUUUUCAUCGUAGAGUAUUUUAAUAAAGGAGUUAUUAUGUUAGGUAAAGACGAUGUCAUUAAUAUCUACAAAGGAAAUCCGGUCUACAAUUAUUAUACCGGCAGUUUUAAUCCAAUUUCCGUAGUAACUACACCAAUGGACAAUGUUCUUGUUGCUGACAACGGCAACCAUACACUACAUAUACUGGAUAACAAUUGUCGACUUCUGACCGUCUGCAAUAUUGGUGAUAUUGGAAUAAAACGCCCCGCCUCACUAGCUAUCAUUAUGGAAGAGCCCUUUCCAGUACUUUACAUAGGAUGUGAUGUAUAUGAUUCAAAUUCUAAGAAGGGAAAACUGUAUAAAAUGAACAUUCUGGAAUGUUAA